ACACUUGGGCCAGUUGUAGCGUCAUCACGACACUCUGGGUCUCUCAACACCGCCUUCACGCAAACUCAAUUGGUGGCCUUGUCAGAUCUUCUAUCUGUAUGAGAUAAUCUUGCAUACGAGCUGGUGACUCGGGGGCGUAGCGAUCGGACAAGCCCAUCAAAUGGGUGGGACCUGUAUGCCACGACACGCGUGAAUAUGAAUAGUGAAGUCGAACGUGGUUGCACAAAUUCGGUGUGAUUAUGGCGAACUCGAAGGCCCAAGGCUCAACAUUUUCAAGUGCAUUUAAAAAGCCGGGAUAGAACGAAACUUUGCAUGCAACUAACUUGAACAUGUUAGCGGAUUAGGUCCUGAUUUUUGCAGCUUGUAUAUCGUGUGUUGGAGAGUCCGCUGUCCUCGGAUUUGUACUGAACAACUUCAGAACCUGAUCGAUGAUCGCAAGCUUGAGAGAGCUUUGCAUUCAAUACGAACGAACUUCUACAAUUUCCCACGAGUUAUUAACAAGCACUCAUAUCCUCCUCUGCGGGCCUCUAACUCAUCCCACACCGCACUCGAAGAAGAAAGCCGAAGAUUGCAGCGUGGUCUGUUGAAUCUAUACAAUAGGUACAGCGAGUACGGAGUAUUAACAUUACUAUCUUUCGGCCUUUCAACAACUGAGCAUCCAUAUGGAGGAAACCUCCCUGCACUUCAAAGCCUUACUACUUGCAAAUGAGGAGCGGAAUGCCUACGGCCUGCGAUACAAUGAUUAUGAGCGGUAUAGGAAGCAUUGUGCGAACAGAACGCAUCGGUUGAGGUCGUCGUUGAAAAUGACUCAUGGAAAGGGUAGAGAGUUCAAGAAACUACCUCCGAUAAAAGUGGAGAAUAUCAAGGAAGGCUAUCUACAAUUGCUUCUGUUGGAAGCAGAACGCGCCUGGACGUACUCUCGUGAACUCAAUGCACAAUCUACGAGCCCUGCGAAUAAGGAGCGUUCGGCGGGGUUGAGACGCAACGCCACCUCGCGAUUCCGUCGCGCAACCAAUUGGGCAACUCAGCUCUUAUCGCAUUGCCAAUCACUUUUCUCUACAAAUCGCCUAUCUGCUGAAAGCCUCGUGCAAGCCACUGUGUACACGCUAAUAUUGAACGGUCGUUUCUUGAGUAACCGUUUUGACUAUGACUCUGCUCUAGUGCAACUCUGCGUUGCUCGAACCCUCCUAGACGAAUUGGCUGCUCGUGCUGCCACCAGUCGUGAUCAAGCCCUUGCAACGGCUUUCGCGGACGAGAUUGGGCCCGAGAUCCGUUAUUGUGCCCACGAACUAGGAAACACCAAGGCCUACGAUGUCGAUGCUAUUGUUUCGGAGAUCGCCUCGAAACACAAGAAUGAGAUCGUAGAUGGCUACGACAACCUCGUCCGGAAAUUGACUGAAGAAACCGCCGGCGGUGCAGAGGCAGAGAGGAAGAAGCUGAAACCUGUGCUUUGGGAGGGGGAACCAAUUCCUAUUCGAAACCCCGAGCUCGUGGAUGUCUUACUCAAAGUACAGGAGGCCGAAGCCAAGCUGCAAGAGACCCCGGCAGAAAAGCAAUCGGCGGAGUCGAGGUCUCCGAGCGGAAAGAAAGGCAAGGUAGGCAAGGGGACACGCUCCAAGAGAGGUGUGGCGGCCUACGAUGCGAUCCUUCUUGCCUUGAGCGAUGCGGAGGAAGUCGCCCGUAAGCUUGUCGAAACCCAACAGUUGAGCGGAGGCACAUUGACAAGCGCAGCCGGUACUCGGGAUAUUCAUUUUGUGCAUGCCUACAUUGUCUACCAAUUAUUGGCCCGACGUAUCCAGCGCGACCUCCUUUUGAUCUUAACACUCCUCCAUCAGUCUCAAUCGACCAGCCAUCACCCGCACAACAGAUCCGCUAACGUUGCUGGCCCGUCGAAACCCAAGAAAGAACAAGUCGAUGCUAGACUCUUCCCCGCUGUCGUAAAACUGUUGGACACGAUCAUCCAGAGUCUUACCCAAAUGCGGACUCUGAGCGUCGUGGAUGAUAGCCCAGACUUGGCUACGGCUGUGGACGCCCGAGUCUCUUUCACCAAAGCAAGGCGAUGCCGUUAUCUUGCGCGCUGCUAUAUUCCGGUAAAGAAAUACGCGGAGGCGUUAACGCUUAUGCAACACGGAUCCCUCCACCUUCGUGAAGCCCAGUCCACCCUCACAUUACUCCUCUCCGAAGACGCCGAUCCCAUAUCCACAUUAGAACCACUCUUCUAUCCGCUCACCAUUGACGACAUAACCCAUCUGGAAGAGGAAUUGUCAUCAGACAGUCUACAAUGCAAGAAGGACUGGUUUGCGUUUAAUGGCGGAGCGACGACUGCUGAAGGAGUCAAGCCGCACAAGAAGCCACUCUUCUUUGAUAUCGCCCUGAACUAUGUCCAGCUGGACAUGGAGCGCCUGCAGGGACGCGCAGGGAAGCAGGUCGAGACGCCUACUGUCGCUGCUUCUGCAGCUCCGGCUGCUUUUGUUGCAUCCAAGCAAGCGCAAGCGCAACCGGAGUCUGAGAGGAAGAAUUUGGUAACAAAAGCAAAGGUAGAGGAGAUCCAAAGGCCUGAGACUCCGGAACCAUCGGGCCCUGCCAAAGCUGGCUUGAGUUCAUUGCUUGGAGGAUGGUGGGGUAGGAGAUGACCAAGGCCUGUCGGUAGUCUAUGUGACAAUCUGUCUAAGCAGAGAACAGAACCUUAGCGGUGAGCACAGAUGUGUAAGGAGAUCGACACGGGUGAGAAUGUAUAUCUCCGUUGGUACAAUUAGUUUCCAAGAGUGUGUUCGAUGAGUGCCAUGCUUUGUGAGCCUUUGAAUAGCGAGGAAGAUCUUCUAGCCC